AUGGAGUCAAGUACACUUGAAGCUUUCUGUCCAUCACAAUGCACUUGUAUUUUCCAUGGAAGGAGUGACGGUACCGGGACAAGGUCUGUUCUUUGUAAUGAUCCAGAUAUGUUUGACAUACCUGUGAAUGUUCCUCUUGAUACCAUAAAACUUCGAGUUGAAAAGACAGUCAUUCGUAAGAUUCCCACUGAAGCCUUUUACUACCUUGUCGAUCUGAAGUAUCUCUGGGUGACCUACAACAGUAUUACUAGCAUAGACUCAAGUAGUUUUUACAAUCUGAAACAGCUGCAUGAAUUACGUCUGGAUGGAAAUAUGAUAUCUGUUUUUCCUUGGGAGUCUUUAUUAGAGAUGCCUCGUUUGCGCACUUUGGACCUACAUAACAACAAGAUAGCAAGCAUCCCCGCAGAGGCGGCGCGCUACUUAAAAAACAUUACAUACCUGGAUGUGUCUAGCAACAAGCUCACCACGCUGCCUUCAGAUUUGCUGGAUAUUUGGCCCCCCUUCUCUGAGCCGGUAUCCAGGAAUACAGAGAUGUAUGCUCAAAGAGCAAUACUUGGUCUGCAAGAUAAUCCUUGGUUUUGUGACUGCCGGAUUUCUAAGCUGAUUGAACUAUCAAAGAUUGUGGACCCACAGGUGAUAUUCCUGGACCCUUUUGUGGUGUGUAGUGGACCUGAAUCUUUGACUGGAAUUUUAUUUCAAAAAGCCGAACUUGAACAAUGUCUCAAACCUUCUGUGAUGACAUCAGCUACAAAAAUUACAUCACCAUUGGGCAGCAAUGUUCUUUUAAGAUGUGAUGCCACUGGUUAUCCCACUCCACAGUUACUAUGGAGCAGAGUAAACAACACGAAUGUCAAUUACACAGUUAUCCGGGAGUCGCCCACAGACGGAGUGAGAUGGUCAAUCCUAAGCAUGAAUGGUAUCUCAUAUAGAGAUGCAGGAGAAUAUCGAUGUAAAGCUAAAAAUUUGGCAGGCAUAUCAGAAGCAUCAAUAACUGUGAUCGUAGUUGGUGUUGUCACUACAACAUUAACACCACAACGAUUUGGAAGGAGACCAGAAGCAGACCAGGUAAAUAAUAUGCAAUCAGAGGAAAAGGAAGAAACAGCUACAAUCAGCACAAUCUGGUCUCCAGAGAUAUUAACAUCCACAUCAUUAUUAACAGAUGCAACAGUAGAACCCACCAUAGCACCAACUACUGCUACAUCAACCACAGUGAGAAUUCUAGAAAGGAAACCACAAAAAACAAAGGGGCAAAGCCAAGCUGCAAACAAAAAGUUUCAGGUUGCAAAUUCAGGCAACAAAGAAGAAGUGCUUAAAAAUAUCUCAGAUAUUACAGAAACCAACGCUGUUGUUCGUAAUCUAAAGGUCACUACUGAGACAGAGGAGAGGGUCACAUUAACAUGGAGAACACUCAACACCACUAACAGCUCAAGUUUGACUGUGCUAUAUUCAAAAUAUGGUGAAGAAGGGAUGCUAAGGUUGAGUACAGACCCUAGUAAAAAUAAAGUAACAAUUGAUGGUUUACAGCCUGGAACAAAAUACAUGGCCUGUGUAUGCCCCAAAGCAGCUCAGCCAAAGAAAGACCAAUGUAUCGUGUUUUCUACAGACUAUUUGCUUAAGAAUGAAGAAGAGAGCAGUUUCCAGAUGACUAUCUUAAUCGUGGCUAGCAGUAUAGCUUGUGUCAUUGUUGUGCCCAUCAUUUUCUUCUUGCUUUACAAAGUUGUGAAACUGCAACGUAAACCGCAGUCUCCUAAUGCAGAGGACCUUUUAAAAGAAACUUAUGUCAAGUUUGAGACUUUGUCGCUCAGGCCACGAUCCAUACAUACUGGAGGUGAACUGUGGACACGUAGAGACACAACUGAAUCAGAAAGACUUCUUUUAUGUUCUAGGUCAAGUAUGGAUUCUCAAGGAACUUUUAGUGAGGGAUCGCGGCCGGAAUACUACUGCUAA